UAUUCUCAACAUGAGCAACACAUGUACAUGUGCUAAAUCGCAAUAAGUUUCUGUGAUAUCUUGUGACAACAGUGACAAUCGCACACACCUGGGAAAGGACUCUUCCAUAAAGAUGAUUCUACCGGAGGCCACGGAGGGCCAGACGACGGAAAUUUUGGGGAAAAUAUCGGUGCCAACAGUGUUCCAGAUAGAACCAGUUGGUCGAUGGUACGAGGCACUGUGUGCACGGAGACAUCACAAACAUUCACUGUCUCAUCACUCCCUGGAAAGCUCCAGCUCUGACGAAAGUGACGAUGACAAGGGCAUGGAUGAUGAUGGUGAUGAUGCUCUGCUGUUAGGGUUAGACCCCAGGGAGUGGAAGAACCAAGAUCACUAUGCAGUAUUAGGUUUGAAGAAAUUAAGAUAUAGAGCCUCAGAAAACCAGAUAAAGAAAGCGUACAAAAACAAGGUGUUAAAACACCACCCAGACAAGCGACGAGCGCGGGGGGUAGUGGUGAAAGGUGAAGGAGAGGACGACUACUUCACAUGUAUAACACGAGCCUAUGAAGUACUGGGACCUCGGACCAAGAGAAGAUCAUACGACAGUGUGGACCCUGAGUUUGAUGACAGUACACCCAGCCUUAACCAGCAGACCAAAGACAAUUUCUUUUCUUCAUUUGGACCAGUUUUUGAAAGAAAUGCAAGAUGGAGUAAUAAAAAAAGGAAAGUGCCAAUGCUGGGAGGUGAAAAUGAUACAAUAGACAACGUGAACAACUUUUAUUCCUUUUGGUAUGAUUUUGAUUCCUGGCGAGAAUACUCGUAUCUAGAUGAAGAGGAAAAGGAGAAGGGAGAGAAUCGAGAAGAAAGAAGAUGGAUAGAAAAACAGAACAAAGUUGCCAGAUUAAAGAAGAAAAAGGAGGAGAGUGCACGGAUACGCCUAUUAGUAGAUAAUGCCUAUGCCUGUGAUCCCAGAAUACAAAGAUUUAGAGACGAAGAAAAAGAGAAAAAAUUAGCUCAGAAACGGGCUAAACAGGAGGCUGCUAGACAGAAAGCAGAAGAGGAAGUGAGGAUAAAGCAGGAAGCACUGGAGGAAGAAAGGAAAAAGAAAGAAAAAGAAGAGGAAGAAGCGAAGGCACAGGCUGCAGCAGCAAAAAAAGAAAAGGAGGCACAGAAGAAAAUCUUUAAAAAAGAAAGGAAAGCACUACGUACCUGUGCGAAGGAUAUGGAUUAUUUUGCCACGUCAGAACAGGACAGAGUAUCUAAUAUGGCUGAUGUUGAUAGACUAGCAGAUCUCCUUUCUCUGACCAAGUUACAGAGUCUCAAUGAAGAGCUAGGCAGCAGAGACCAGGAUAAAGCCAGGGCAGCCUUCUACAAAGAGGUAGAUGAACUAAAUCAGAAGUGUGAGGAGGAGAAGAAAGCACAGUUGGAGACCAUACAUCGCCAGGCAUCCGGUGAAAAUACAAACAGCCGGAUAAAGGAAUGGAAGGAAGAGGAAGUCCAGUUCCUCAUCAAAGCUGUCAACCUAUUCCCAGCUGGAACAAAAGAGAGAUGGGAAGUAAUCGCAAGUUUUAUUAAACAACAUGUGACGACCAGUAACAAAACAGCUAAAGACGUGUUGGGAAAAGCAAAGAAUUUACAGAAAAAUGAUGCAUUCCUCAAGCAAGAUGCAGACAGAAAAGCCUUUGAAAAGUUUGAGCAACAAACAGCCAAGCCUUCAGCUCACAAUGCCAAGCCAAAGGAAGGGGUUACAAGUGAACGGUUUGAAUCUGUGGGGGAGCAACAGAUCCGUGAGACUGGCACUAACCCUGCCCCGUGGACUGCCGAAGAGCAGAAGUUGCUGGAACAGUCCCUCAAAACCUUUCCCGCCAGCACACCUGAGAGAUGGGAAAAGAUAGCCGCGGUGCUCCCGGCUCGCAGCAAGAAGGACUGUAUGAAGAGAUACAAGGAAUUGGUGGAACUGAUCAGAGCCAAGAAGGCUGCCACAGAAGCUGCUGCCAAGAAGAAAUGACCUUGACAGUGAUGUAGAUUUCAAUGACCCACCAUUCCCUGUAAGCUGACUGGAGCUGAUGUCAGACGUCACCAAAUACCAUGCUAUCAGGCCAUUUCAUAUCAUAUCUUUUACAUUUUCCAAACAUUUGUAUUAAAUCUAAUGCAAAUUUCUGCUAAUGAUGUGAACUUGUUGCUGCAAAUGAACAAAAACGUGCAGUACUGAACAGAUUGUGGAUACUACAGAAAGGUUGAUGUUUUCUGUCCAAGAUUUCUGUUCCUGCAGAAAAUUGUUCUGCACUUGUUUGUUAAAGACGAAGAGACAGACUCACUGAUCUGAUAAACUUUCCAAAGGAUAUUUGUUAUAAUUGACUGAGAACGUAAUAGCAUGUUCUUGAAAUCUACAAAUAUCAAAUAUCAUUUAUAGCUGGCCUUGGCAACACAUUUAUAUUUAUGAGCAAAGACACCUUUGUGUUUUUCUCAAGGUCACCUUGAUGAACCUAAUCUUGCCUAUACCAAGAGGAGAGGAAAUACACUGUUCAGACCUAAACGCUAAACUCUUGACUAAAAAAGCUAUAUGUUGGAAACGAGUGAAUUUCAACUUUGAGAUAAUCAUGAGGAUGUUUUGUAGAGGUUGUCUCCUAUUCAUAAUGGUUGAUUUGAUUUUGAUUUAUAACCAUUUGAAAAGUUUAUUGAAUAAAAGAAACGUCUGGGUUCUUAAAUGAAUAACAGUUAUAUUUCAUGAGUGGGGCGAAUAUUUUGACACUUUUCACAGGCGAGUAGCAUGAAUGACAAAAAAAAACGAAAAAGAAUCACCCGGUGAGUAAAAUAUUUAACUGUUGUUCAUAAAGAUACGAAGAAUGUUCUCUUUAUUGCCUGUUACUUU